ACUCUAGUCUGAUUGUUUACUGCUCUCUGAUUGGUCAGUUUAAAAGUUGUUCUCCAGGUUAAUGUUUUGGUGCCGCGCACAGCACCUCUCUUACUUAUUUAUCCUAUUUUCACCCUCUUAAUGGAGCUUUACCACCAAGUUAGACAUUAAUAAAGAUAAUGGCUGCCGUGGAUCAUUUAUUUGAACUUUACCUCACUGCUCAGAAGAAGAUAGCAGAAUGUAAUAAUAACUUUGAGGAACAUUUUGCAUGGCUGGAGGAAGUGGUUCGCACCGCUCGUCGGACAUUUGCCACCAGUGAUCUGGCUCUCUUACCUAAAACACCGAGGGGCAAGAAGAAAGCUCAUCAGAAGAGACCUCAUCAACCUGAUACAAUAGCAGAAGAAUCACCACAAGCCAAGAAGUCAUCCCAAGGUAGCACACAAACUAGUAACGAUGCCCAGAGUCCCAUUCAGGAACCCAGGAGACUGCGAAGAGCUGCAUCAAGGGUUGCUCAGGAGAAGACAAGAAGGGAUGUUUUGAUGGAUUCCAAAUGUAAAUUAAGGCGCCCUACAACACCUGAGGCAUUGUCUACUUGUAAAAAGAAGACUGGAAAGAAGCAAGCAGUUCAUUAUGUUGAUUCAGAUGAAAGUUUCUCCUGCACCGAAUACAAAAGAGGAGAGAAGAAAACUUCUGUACGUCAGAAUCCAGAUAAAACCUCCGUAUCCCAAAUUGAACGAGGUAUUGACUGUGACCCAAAACAUGACCCAGCUUCAUCACGCAGCACACCAGACGAGGAGGAAGAGUGCGUCAGUCGUCUUGGGGACCCAGCAUCUGAUCCGGUUUUGUCCCGAGAUGUGCCUGAAAAGGAGAGAGAAUCUGAUGCAGUGUUGCCACCAGGCACACCAAAACGAAAAAGCAGAAAUACCAGUCGCUUAAGUGUAUGCUUGAAGUUUGAAAGCGUAACAUCUGUAGACUUAGGUGAGGCUACAAAGAGACCUCAAGGAGGAAAACUUAGUGUAGGAAAAUUUGCACAAGACACUUCAGUAAGUGUGUGCCAGGAAGAGGUGGUGGAGGAAGCUUGUGUUCCUGAAGAUGAUUGUACUUACUCUGAGCUCCGACUGGAAGAUAGUGAUGGUGAUGAUAAGAGCGAAAGUGAAAAGGAAAGGAACAUACACGAGCCAAACAAAGAAAUGGAGACAAGCAAGGAAAACCGCAAAUCAAUACAUCUCGGGAAAACUGCCCAAAGUGUGUGUGAGCAACCAGAAAAAUUGGAUGAGGAAUGCAAAUCUCAAUCUCAGGACCUGAAAGAAGUAACUCAGGCUUUACCAAACUUCUCAUCACAAUUUGUACAACCUCUGCCAAGUGUUCGGACUACUCGCACAAAACUGAGGGAAUUACAGUCCGCUUCAGAAGACGAUUCAGAUAAGUGUAAUAAAAGAGUGGAUCUUUCCACUCCACCUCAUCCAGUUCCCAAGCCAAGAUCCACUCGAACUAAGCAAAAGAAGGAACCGGAGAGUCACAUUAUCAGUGAUGAUUCAGAUGACGUAAUGUUACCACCUAAGAUUGUACCAAAUUCACGAGUAACAAGGUCGAAGUUGAGGGUUAUAAAGGACAGAAUCAAUAGUGUAAAAGGGGGAUUGGAUUCCCAGAUUUCAUCGGAGGAUAGAAGUGAUGAAUCUGAAGAGGCUAGCUCUCAGCAUGGUGGGGAAAUUUCCCUGUCUAGCUCAACUCACACAAAGACCAGAAUGACUGAAGAAAGUUGUGAUGGUAAACAUUUCAGUGACGGGAUGUCAAGUUCCGAUUCGCAAAGCACAAAGACAUCCCAAACCAGAAAACGACAGGUUGAGAACACACCAGAACAGUCUACUGGUUCUACAAGAACCAAACGCAAGAAAGUGAAUGAACUUACAGAGAAUGAGAUUGUUAAUCACAGUCAUAGUCUGCGUCUAACUCUUUCCGAGUCUGAAGAUGAUAAGUCAGUACCAGGUCCAGUCGAGAUGAACUCGACAUUUGUUAGAGUGGAUUCCCAUGAUGUCUUGAAGAAAAUUUUAAAUAAAAGUGAUGAAUCUAGUGAGUUGACUUCAUCAGAAACCUCAAAAUCAGUGCAGUCAACCAUGUUUAAACACAUUAAUGCACCUGUCUCUGUGACAGCUGUUAAAUCCAAUGAAAAGUCAGAAUGUAGCCCAGUUCGUCGUAUAACUCGAUCCAAAGUGCGCCAGUUACCGGUCGCCAAGCCAAGCCCUAAUAGGCCAUCUCCCUCUCAAUGCAUUGGCAAGGCUAUAACUCCAAAGACACCAGUACUUAGUAGCUUUGCAAACAUUGGCUGUAUGUCCAACGCUCAGAGAGGAGCUACACGCGGCUUAGCUGUGCAACACAAGGGUGUGCUGGUCAAGAGUCCGGUGAAACCUGCUGCACAACCAUUUGUCAUCUCUGAUAAUUCUCCUGCCCUGAAAUUACCUGUCAUCACUGAACAAGACUCAACAAGAGAGGACAGCUCGACGACGGGUCACAGUGUGCGCUCCUUGGCAGCUGCAUAUCAGAAUCACAUUGGAGAAACUCCUAAUGAAACAGAAGAGUUGACAUCGGAAGUGUGUCAGGUGACAAAUUCACCGGCUCGGGUAACUCGACAUCUACAAAGCAAAGCUUUUAAGCGUGAGAGUUCUACAAGACGUUGCGCUCGCAAGAGUUUGAAACGUGCUGUAGAGAUUGCCAGGAUUGCUGAUUUUAAAAGAUCCAUUGAGUUGAAGUCUCCGGAGUCUCAUGGAGUUCGUAUCAAUCCUCCGGCAAGGACUCCGUCUCCAAUUUGCCCUUCGGAGAAGGUGGUGCGCCCAAAUAUGCAUCGGAUGCUUGGCAGCAAUAAUAGCACCUUCGGAAGCUCCGGUCGUAUUACGCCAAAAACGUACUCAAAAAUUCGACAGCUGUGUUUAACUUCAUCGUCUUCAGGAGAGCAAAAUAAAACUCUGAAGAAAAUAGGUAAUACUCCAAAUGAAGGGAAGCGCGCAGGGAACAUAGUGAGCGGUUUAUCAUCAUUUAUUAAAGUGCAACCAGCCAAACCAUCGCGGGAAGAACUGGAAGAAAUAAGACAGAUAGAACUAGCAAAGAGGAGGGAACGAGAAGAUGAAACAAGAAAAAAGAAAGAAGAAUUAAUGAAAUUGAGAGUAGAAGAGAAGAAAAGACAAAAUGAAAUUAGGAUGAAGAGAGUUCAAGAAGCACGUGAGGAGAGGGAACGUAAAGCAGUGGAGGCCAAGGAACAGCAAGAGAGGGAGAGGAAGAUUAGAGAGGAGCGGCAGAAAGAGGAACAGCAACGUAAAAAGCAACAGCUUCUCGCCAAGAAACGUGCAGAAGAGGAAGCAAAACUUCGCAAGAUUAGAGAACAGCGUGAAGAGGAACGACAAAAGCAGGAAGAAGAGACAAAACGGUUAAUGGAAGAAGAGAAACGUGCUGAAGAAGAAAGAAAACAGGAAGAGAAGCGUGCUCAUCUGGCUGAACAACGGCGAUUACAGGAAGAAGAGAAAAAACGAAGAAUAGCUGAAGUGGAGCGUAUUUUCCGUGAGAAGAAAGAAUUAGAGAGGCUUCGAUUACGUGAAGCAGAGCGCGUUCCCGAGAAAAACCAAAAUAAAAUAUCUCCUACGGCAGCUCCGAAGGCUGCAUUAAAUGACACUUAUACCGCCACUGACAAUAAGGAAAACGGUGGCCUCAAUAGCACAUUCACAAAACUCUUGGACGUUAACCAGUCCAAUUACACUUGCGCGACAGCAACAAAGAAUACAAAGACUAGAAAGAAAGAUCCGUCAGAGAACAACUAUUGUAUAGAUGAUAUGAAGAGUGAUGACUCGACCGAUGAGGAGAGCAAGCCUAGGAAGAAGGUUCCUUCUUGGGCAACAAAACCUGAGCUGACUUAUUCUGUGAUCAACCAGGAACACUACCCACCUGUCAUUGAGGAGAUCUUUCCCCCAUCGGUACUACUUCUUGUGCCUGAUCUUACCAAAAUGUUUGACAAACAACGUAGGAGAUUCUUCAAACGCACUUCUAGUGCCGUGUGGAACACACCGCCUUCUAAAUAUUUUGAGUCAUGUUAAACUGACCACUGUGUAGGAUAUAUUGUUUAUAUUUCCCUGACCACUCCUGAGGUAGUGGCACAACUGGAGGCCCCUGAUGGUGGGUUUGUCUCCCCAUAUUCUUCUUGCCUACUCUGUCCUCACUGGGUCUUCCUGGUAUGUAAGCAAACCUCAAAUUAACUUAUUAUGAACUCAAAAUUCUGUUUUCCAUGCCCCUGUGCAUGUUAAAAGACUUAACAUGGUAGCCCAUCUUCAAGAAUUAAAACAUUAUUUUUUCUUAAAGUUUGACGCAUAUUAUUGUAGCCUAUAUUUGGUGAAUAUUACAUGUCUUAUGGUAUUAUGCAGUGUAGUACAGUACCGCUUAUGGUAUUAUAAUGUAGUAUAGUACAAUACUGCUUAUGGUAUUAUACUGUAGUAUAAUACUGCUUUCAGUAUUGUAGUGUAGUAUAAUGUUUGUAUCAUACUAUAUAUCUAAAGUAGAAUAUUUACACAAUUUUUCUUUUAACAAUCCAGUGUUCAGUGAGACUUUGCUGUACUUGACUCUUCCUUUCUAUGGUGUUAAUGAUGUUACCUGCCUGCCAGUCUUUUUAACAUCCCCCCUCCCCCUUGUUUUUCUUUUAAUACGUCAUCCGUGUCCCACCAAGGCCGGGUGACCCAAAUAAGAAGAAACACUUUCGCCAUCACUCGCUACAUCACUGUCUUGCCAGAGGCACACCAAUUCUAUCCCCUUGUUUACUUUUUUUUUGCUUGUUCUUGCAUCUGUUUCAUCUAUUCUGUGUGUUCAACCAUCCCAAAUUUGUCUUCACCCAUUUGCCAUAUUUCUUUUCUUUGUCCUCUGAUACCAUCUGUCUAUCUUAUAUUGCAUGGUUGCUGUUCUUCAUAUAGUAUUACCACAAGGAAGUCUUGGCUGCUUCAUAUAUAUGAAGCUGUGAUUGUAGAUUCUUAUUUAGAAAUUUCAAUCUCUUAAUAAAUGACCUAAAUAUUCCUCCAUAUACAUACUCUCAGUAUUGAAAUAUUCCCACGUAGUUUGGCCAGCAGGUAUUGUAUUCAGGUUUGCCUUAAGUCACUGAAAUUGUCCCACAAGUACAUGUGUACUGUAAUUUAACCCUUAAACUGUCCAAACGUAGAUCUACGUUUACUCUGCUAGCAGGUUUAGAAAGACACGUAAGCAAACAC